AUGACAGACCUCAAAGAACGUCUACUCCCAACAAAACCUUCUUCUGCUAUAAAUCUCAGGGAUUCUUCGUACAGGCCGUCCGCCUCAGGCCGUCUCCCAUUCCAAGGAGUAGAUGUUUCAGGCCUUAAGAAACGUGGGCAGGGCCUUCGGUCAUGGAUAUGUGUCGAUGUUACUGGAAACUCCCAAGUGAUUGAAGUCGACAAGUUCUCUAUGAUGCGCCGUUGUGAUCUUCCAGCACGUGACCUUAGGUUAUUAGACCCUUUAUUCGUUUACCCCUCGACUAUUCUCGGCAGGGAGAAGGCAAUCGUUGUAAAUCUUGAGCAGAUUCGGUGUAUAAUCACUGCAGAUGAGGUUUUUUUGUUGAAUUCGCUAGAUAGCUAUGUGCUGCAGUAUGUGGUGGAAUUGCAGAGACGGUUACAGACUGUAGGUGUAGGUGAUAUUUGGCAGCCUGAAGGCCCAGAAUUGAGCAGAAGGAGAGGAGGAAGUAGGAAUUUCGAUAAUAUGUAUGGAAAUGUGUCACCUGAUUACUUGCCAUUUGAGUUCAGAGCUCUUGAGGUUGCGUUGGAGGCUGCGUGCACUUUUCUGGAUUCUCAGGCCGCAGAAUUGGAGAUCGAAGCGUACCCACUGUUGGAUGAACUCACUUCAAAGAUCAGUACGCUGAAUUUGGAACGAGUCCGUAGACUAAAAAGCAGACUCGUUGCACUGACUCGGAGAGUUCAAAAGGUCAGGGAUGAGAUAGAGCAGCUAAUGGAUGAUGAUGGUGACAUGGCUGAAAUGUAUCUUACCGAAAAGAAAAAACACAUGGAGUCAUCUUUCUAUGGUGAUCAAUCCCUGAUGGGCUAUCGUUCGAAUGAUCUGUCAAUAUCGGCACCUGUUUCCCCAGUCUCAUCCCCACCUGAUAGCAGGAGACUCGACAAAUGCCUGAGCAUAGCAAGAAGCAGACAUGAAAGUGUGAGGAGCUCAGAAAGUGCCACGAACAGUAUAGAGGAGCUUGAGAUGUUGUUGGAGGCCUACUUUGUUGUCAUUGACAGCACCCUUAAUAAAUUGACUUCGCUGAAGGAGUAUAUUGAUGAUACGGAAGACUUCAUCAACAUUCAGCUGGACAAUGUUCGAAACCAGCUUAUACAAUUUGAGUUGUUAUUGACUACCGCAACUUUUGUCGUCGCAAUAUUUGGAGUGGUUGCCGGGAUAUUUGGCAUGAAUUUUGAGAUACCAAUGUUUGACAGCCCAGUAUCGAAGAGUGAUGCCGUUGUAGAAGCUCUACAUAGAAACUUGGAAACUGCCAGUGUUUAG